GAAGAUCCGGCGGGCGGAGCCGCGGGCUGGGCGGCGGGAGGCGGCGCGGGGUGUUCCCGGGGGCGGGGGCGGGACCGACCCGCGGCUAAAGGUUCCCGGUUCACCCGCCCGCGCCAGGCCUGGCCCAGUCUCACCGCGAGCGCCGCGGACACUCGGGGCCGCAGUCGUCUGUCCGUCCUCCCGCCAGGUCCCGCCCCGCACCUGCCACCGCACCUGCCGCCCGCACCUGCCGCCGCACCUGCCCCCGCACCUGCCGCCCGCACCUGCCCCCGCACCUGCCGCCGCACCUGCCCCCCGCACCUGCCGCCGCACCUGCCCCCGCACCUGCAGCCCCGCGGCCCGGCCCCAGCAUGGCUGACCAGGCGCCCUUCGACACGGACGUCAACACCCUGACCCGCUUCGUCAUGGAGGAGGGCAGGAAGGCCCGCGGCACGGGUGAGCUCACCCAGCUGCUCAACUCGCUCUGCACGGCCGUCAAAGCCAUCUCCUCCGCGGUGCGCAAGGCCGGCAUCGCGCACCUCUAUGGCAUUGCUGGUUCUACCAAUGUGACGGGUGAUCAAGUUAAGAAGCUGGACGUCCUCUCCAACGACCUGGUUAUGAACAUGUUAAAGUCAUCCUUUGCCACGUGUGUUCUCGUGUCAGAAGAAGAUAAACACGCCAUCAUAGUGGAACCAGAGAAAAGGGGUAAAUAUGUGGUCUGUUUUGAUCCCCUUGAUGGAUCUUCCAACAUCGAUUGCCUUGUGUCCAUUGGAACCAUUUUUGGCAUCUAUAGAAAGAAAUCAACUGAUGAGCCUUCCGAAAAGGAUGCUCUGCAGCCAGGCCGGAACCUGGUGGCGGCCGGCUACGCGCUGUACGGCAGUGCCACCAUGCUGGUCCUUGCCAUGGACUGUGGGGUCAACUGCUUCAUGCUGGACCCGGCCAUCGGGGAGUUCAUUUUGGUGGACAAAGAUGUGAAGAUCAAAAAGAAAGGUAAAAUCUACAGCCUUAACGAGGGCUACGCCAAGGACUUCGGCCCUGCUGUCACUGAGUACAUCCAGAGGAAGAAGUUCCCCCCAGAUAAUUCAGCCCCCUAUGGAGCCCGGUACGUGGGCUCCAUGGUGGCCGAUGUUCACCGCACUCUGGUCUACGGAGGGAUAUUUCUGUACCCCGCUAACAAGAAGAGCCCCAGCGGAAAGCUGCGACUGCUGUACGAAUGCAACCCCAUGGCCUACGUCAUGGAGAAGGCCGGGGGAAUGGCCACCACCGGGAAGGAGGCCGUGCUGGACGUCGUUCCCACAGACAUUCACCAGAGGGCGCCGGUGAUCUUGGGGUCCCCCGACGACGUGCUCGAGUUCCUGGAGGUGUCUAAGCGGCACUCUGCCCAGUGAGCACCUGCCCUGCCUGCGUCCGGGAGAACUGCCUCCGCCUGGACCUGUUGCCGCACACGGCAGCGCCCCCACCGGCCGUGCCCCACACGGCAGCGCCCGACCCGCUGUGUCCCACACGGCAGCGCCCCCACCGGCCGU